UUGACAGGGCGUUUGAAAUGAAUAGAAAACCAAAAUUACCUUUAAUUCCAGGAUUUGUUGUCCACAAACCAAAAGAAAACUAUCAUUUGCCGCAGUGUUGGUCGCAUAUUGGUAAUACGAGAAUUCUGGUCGAGAAGAAACAUGCAGAUAACAAUUGGAUUUUAAAUGAUGGAAAGAUUUUAUGUUUCAAGGCGUAUUUCCGUCAGAAUUUGGUUGGAAGCAGUGGAAGUGCACAGUUUCAAAUUCGUAAAGUAAAAAUAUUAUUUUAUAUGGAGGAUGGAACUAUUCAGGUUGUUGAACCGCGAACAGAUAAUUCCGGUAUACCACAAGGGUGUAUAGUGAAGCGACAAAGGAUUCCCUGCUCGUCAUCAACACAAAAUCAAUGUUUAUCAAUGCUUGAUUUGAAUGUUCAAAAGGAAGUUGAGAUUUUUGAUCGAAUUUAUAUUAUCACCGAUUGUGAUGGAUUCACACGAUCAUAUCUCAACAGAGCCGGUAUCGAAGUGCCACACGCCAUUGAAACACCAAAGGAUCCAAUUCAUUUGACACGUGAAGAAAUGCAGGAAUCUCGACCAGUGGCGGGGCCAAGUAAAGUGGAAAAGAAAGAGAACAAAUUGGAAAAAUUCCUUAGGUUUGACAAUCUGUGUUUAAAGUUCGAUGCGUACUGGGAUGACCGUGAUUCUCCGUUGGGAGACAUUCAUGAUUUGAUAGUUUACUACUAUUUAUCCGAUGAUACAAUUCAAAUUAACGAAAUUUUCAAGCAAGGAAGGCCGACUACAUUGUAUAAACGCUUAAAAUUACCAAAGAGAACGGACGAUGUGUUAAUGCUUGAUCAAAAAUCAAAUGCGACAGUAUUGAAUGUUCUCGGUCGUGAUUUUAUGAAUGCAAGAUGUAUCACAGACAAAUUGGACAUCGGAAAACCAAAUAUUGACUUUUAUACGGAUGCCGAUUUGAAAAUCGGUGAAAAAAUCAAUGUGUUUGGUCGGUCUGUGAUUUUAACGGAUUGUGAUAAGUUUACGCGAGACUAUUAUCAACAGAAAUAUGGAAUCGAAGAAUUUAUUCCAAUUGCAAGGCCGAAAGAAACACGAUGGAAACAGCCGUAUAUUGAAAAAGUGAUGCCGCCAUAUAAUGGCUGGGGAACGUUUGAAGACUCUGAAUCCAGCUGUUAUUCGAUUCAAUUGAAAGUGCCACAGCGUGAUAUGAAGAAAUUUUUGGAGUUAGACAAAUGCAACCUCAGAUUCAAAGCUCAAAUGAUUUCAAACAUAGACGAGAACAGUGACCGUGAAUUUGUAAUAACGUAUUAUUUGAGCGACGAUACGAUUUCAGUAUUUGAAAUUGGAAAGCGAAACGCAUGUCAAUCGCGUGAUUUUCUCAAACGGUCCAGAUUUUACUUGCCAAAUCAGAAUGUAUAUACAAGCCAACGACCCCUUGCAUACACACCACAAAUGUUUUACAUUGGAGCAAAUGUGAAUUUAAAAGGUUUCGAAUAUCAUUUAACGGAUGCUGAUGAAUUUACAUUGAAUUUUAUGGAAUCACAUUCAUCUGAAUUUCCAAUGGCCAAUAUCAGUUCAAUCUUAAGUAAAAUCAAAGAGGCCAUCACGCCAAACUACAAGGAAUUCAUUGGAAAAUAUUUGAACGUUGCCGAAACAACAUCGAAGCCAGACAGUUUGAACAUUUGUUAUGAUACAACCGCUUUGGCUUUAAGAGAUCUUUUGGACAAUCGCAUUUCCGAACAUGAAAUCGUCACAUUUUUACGGUAUUUUAGCGCUAAGAAAGUAUCGAACAAAUCACAAAUAUUAGAUCGUACGACAAUUCAAUCGUUGGUUCAAAUGGCACUGACCACCAAUCUUUGGGAUGAUUUGGAAUCAAUCAAAGAAUUUAUGUAUGAUGUUGCUCCAGAUCAUCAUAACGGAUUCAUGCCACCGUCCAAAAUACGUACGAUAAUCAGAGGAUGUCGAAUUCCAAUCAAAGGAGUUAUGAUCGAUGACAUGUUUUCGGUAUUGAACAAAGAUUCGGAUGGGAAUAUUGAUGUCAAUGAUUUUUUGUAUUUUAUCGACAAUAAAAAGUGCAAGGCACCUCCAGUUCAACCGAUCAACGUAUAUAAUGAAAAUGAUAAAAAGUCCUUCAAUUCAAGCUAUCGACGAGAGCUCGUCGAUUGGGCAGCGUUCAUUGCCGCGCUGGGAUUGGAAACAGAGUUAAAGCAAGAAACAGAAUAAUUUGGAUUUUCAUAAAAUUUUAUUUGAGAAAAAAAAAAUAUAAAAAAAAGUGUGUCACCACAAAACGCUGAUUUGGAUAAAAUGGGAUCAAACACACGUACAAAUAUUUUUUAUUUAAAAAUAUGGAUUGAAUAGUAAAUUAUUGUUCACAACAACAUUUCAGCUCAACUUUCCAUCAUUUCAGCCACUUUGAUAUUUUAUGUUUAUAUGUUGUUUGCAUCGGCCACACAAUACUAUGCUUUUAUAUCAUUCAAUUCGAAUAUA